AUGUUUAAAUGUAAGCGAUGUAACAGUGAAUGUAGAGAUGGAGUCCAGUGCUCAGUGUGUCGCUGCCAUUAUGACUUCCCAUGCGCUGGGAUCACGGAAGGGGGCUUUCGUAAACUUGGUGACAGGAAAGCCACCUGGAGAUGCGCCUCUUGCAAAAACCCAACGAGUCCCAACCCACCUGUGGACUUGGACGACGUGAUGGCUGAAUUAAAGCGUUUGUCAGCCAUAACUGCAUCACUUCCGCAGCUGGCAGACAGCGUUAAGAGCAUUCAUACAGAGCUGGCUGAGCUGAAGAAUCUAAAAUCCAACCUUACGGAUGUAAAGGAAUCGCUUAAUUAUGUGCAUAAUUCUGUUGACACUUUAUCAAGUAAGAUAUGCAAUAUCGAAAAAGAAAUCCAAAUACUACUCAAAACAAAAGACGAAGUUCAACAUCUGCAACAGCGAAUGGAGAAAUUGGAGGGCUUGGUACGAGAUGGGGAACGAAGAUCUCGUAUGAACAAUAUUGAGAUAAAGGGAGUGCCCGUAACUCAAUCUGAAAAUCUGUUCCAGAUUUUCGCCAAACUCGGUGAACACAUUAAGUGUCCUAUACCCAGGGAACAAAUAAACUAUAUAGCUCGGAUCCCCAUGAGAAAUGACAAAGUUAAUAAAACAAUAAUAGUAUCAGUGCAUAACAGAUAUAACAAGGAGGACUUCGUGGCUGCAGCAAGGAAGAGCACUAUUGUUCCAGCAGACCUGAAUCUCUCCGGGAAUAACAGGAUAUUUGUCAACGAUCAUCUCAAUCUGGAGGAUAAACUUCUGCUUAACAAGGUGAAGACACUGGCUAAAGAGAAGGAUUUUGCGUAUACGUGGGUAAAAGGGUGCAAAAUAUAUGUGAGAAAAAGCCCUACUUCCCACGUCAUAGUUAUAAAAUCAGAAGCAGACUUAAAAAAGUUAGUAUAG